UUUUAAAAUAUUAUUACCAUGUUUUAUACGGUUCCAGAAUUUCUUGAAUGGGAGGAAACAAAAUUAGCCAUGAAUGCAUAAAAUAAAAUGGAAUAAGUAAAUAAAGUAUCGAAAGUUAAACAAAUAGGGGUUAAAGUGGUGUAAGUUGAGGGGAAUUAUGGGGAACUAGUCAUCAACAAUAAAAAAGACCAAGAUUUCAAUGAUGAAUUAAAAAAGAUGAUAAAUUAGAAUACUUAAUUAUAAAAUAAUCAUCAAAAUUAGCGACAAGAUAUCCAAAAAGACAGGGGGGAUUGUGCUAGCCUACAAGUUAUGGACAGAAGCAAUUAGUCAGAUAUAUUGCCUAUACAGAUUAAACAGAAUAAAGAAGAAAUUUAUAGCCAAGGAGAUUAAAGAAUAUAGUUGUCCAUCAAAGGAGAAGGCUUUUCAGAAUUUAGAAUACGUUCAAUAUGCUUUAAAUUGAAAUGCCCCUCCUGCCUAGAAUAUUUUUCAAGUUCCCCUCCUAAAAAAUAAUAAUAAAAUAUCUAUUAAUUUCAAUCAGAAUGUAAAAAAUGCUCAAAACAAAUGAGCAUAAUCUAUCAUAACUAUAUCUAAUAACUGCCAGAAAAAACUUAAUGGCUCAUCGGAUCUAUAAAAAGUUGUGAAAAAGUUGAAUGGCAAUUGCUCGCUAUAUAAGCCUAAGCCACUUGUAAAUGUAUGUCACUUAAGUCUUAAUUGCCUUCUAUAGAAUAUACUUUGGAGAAAAACAAAUAAGUUGCUCCAUAACCUAAACGCUAGAAAUUUUAAAUUACAGAUUAAAAUAGAUACCUUUGUCAUGGAUGCGCUCAAGAACUCAAAUUCCAACCUGAGUUCUUAAUAAUUAAAUGAUGAAUAAUAUUUGGCUAAAUACAAAAUUUUA